UUAGACAACAAUUAUUUUCCACACACAUUUUUCGUUAUCGCUUUGAACCAGUUCAAAUAGCAAAUUAAAACUGCUCAAGCUUAGUAAAAUUUAAAUUUAAGAUUCUGACUCGUGAAGUACCAAUAUCUCUUUGAGAUAAUGAACUCAUCUGGCAGGACCGGUGGAGGAGGAGGAGGAGGAGGUAACCGAACCUCCGGGAUCACGGUGCGUUCCAAGUUAGCGGCGCCUCUAUCGACGCAAACGGCGGGAACACGCAAGACUGUUCACGGCGGAGCGGGCGAUGGAGGAACCGAUGCGGCUUGGAAGCAGCCAGGUCGUCGCCUGGCCAAGUACAAUCCUCCAGCUCGCCUGGUGCAACCCACCAUAGCCUCGUCCUUGAGGGCCAGCACCAAUAAGCAGACGGCCAAACAGCAGUUCCAACUGGCGAAUCUGGAGAAGGUCAAGCCGCAAGUUCCUGCACCGAAGAACCGCGAACCGGAGGUCAAGAGGCCAGCGAAGCAGCGGGUGAUGAGCCAAGAGGCCAAGCAGGCGGCACGAGCACGACUUUGGCCAAGUCGUCCGGCUGGCGGAGGCUUCAGCUCGAAUCUCCGCAAAGGCAAGCUUCCAGUGGUCGAAGAAGUCGCUCCCUUGGAGGAUCUUAGUGUCCCGGUGGAGGAGGCGGAGUCCAAGCCCCAUGAGCUGCUGGAGGCGGGCAUCCAGACCAACGAGUCGGAGAUCCGUGACCACACCCUUAUCCUCGGCGAUACCAAGACUAUGCGUCCCUCGUCUCACCUGGUGGAGCAAAUCGAUCGGGAGCGACGUGAGCUCAGGGCAAAGGUGGAGCGGCAGUCGACACGCCGAUUUGCUGCCUACGAGCAACAGGAGGAGCUGCACCUGGACGAGCUGAAGGAGUUCUCCUUCCGGAAUGCCGUGACCAAGCGGAUCCCCAAGAAGCCGCCAUCGAUCCAGUAUGCCGUCUACGACAACCAGUAUCAGAACGUCUUCAAGUCCAUGGACGACUUCUUCAGCCGCGUGCAAUCCUCGGUUCCCAAGGCCGAGUCUGUGACCACCAUUCAGGAUCGCAUCAAGCGGAAGGAGCAGGAGCUGAUGAGUCUCUUUGACAACGUUGACCUGAACGAUUAAAUAAGAAACUGACCAAAUCGCGUAGGAAUUAACAUAUGUCUCAAAUUAUCAGUGUCGUUUUGUACUAGUAAAGGCGUUUUAAAAUUA